GUUGCCGUAAAGCAAGGGGCGGACAGGUAGAAAAGCAAUUUCAGGUGUUAUUAAAUGUAGCUUAUUUGAAUAUUUCACAUUUAUUUACAAUAAAAGGGCAUUUAAAUAAAGAAUGGUGUCAACUCGGGGUGUAAAACUGAAAUUUUUUGUCGGCGAACGAGUGUUGUGCUAUGAACCUGACCCGACCAAAGCCAAAGUAUUGUACGAUUCGAAGGUUCUGGAUGUUGUUCCAACGAAAGAUUCUAACGGCAAGAAGAUCGUUGAGUAUUUGAUUCACUUUCAGGGCUGGAACUCUUCUUGGGACCGACGAGUUGGUGAGGAGUUUGUUUUAAAAGACACGGCAGAAAACCGACAGUUGCAAAAGGAUCUUGCUGAAAAAGCGCAAUUACAGCUUGGAGCGUAUUUAUACCGAAAGGAACGGAAAAAGCACACGCAGCCAAAGCCGAUUGACCGACCUACUGGGGGAUCAUCUGAAGACGGUAGUUCAGGCAGUCCGGCUCAAAUUGAUACUGAUGAAAAUCCGGAAAUGAGCAGUAGCUCUGAUGAAUACUCUUCUUUGGAAGAUGAAAUUGAUAUUGAGAUAGUGCCUGAGUUAAGGGAAAUUUUGGAAGCUGAUUAUUAUUUGAUCAAUGUGAAGAAUAGGCGAUUAAAAUUACCUGCUGAACCCAAUGUGGUGUCAAUUCUGGAGUCUUAUUAUAGGCAUUUCGCUACGAACCAGUUUUGUGGGCUUAAUGAAAAAACAAGCAGGCGCUUCCGGAAUACCUUUCAGGCUAAGGAGCCUAAACUCAGUACAGAAGACAUUCAGCGGAAAAUCACUUUAUGCAGAGAAGUAGUUGAUGGAUUGCGCCUAUAUUUUGACUUUAACGUUAACGAUUUACUACUCUAUACGGUGGAGAAGGGGCCUAGUCAGUUUCUCACAGCCCCAGCAAGAAUGCCCAUAGUAGACUCUUCGAGCAUCAAAGUUAAGUGUGAUUCAAAUGUAAAUACCGAAAACAAUUCGCAUUUGCUUCCGGGCAACCAGCACCCGAACCACAACGGUAUUAGUGAGUUGUCAAGUAACCCUAGAAGACGAACUUUAAGAUCAAAUAAUAGGAUGGAAUCUCAGGGUAACGGAACUUCGUUGCUGGAAGAAAGCAAUGGCUCUGCUCAUCCGAAGCCAGGAUCUAGUGUCGGUAGCAGUAACUCUGACCUCAACGGCCCAAUGGCCAAAGCUUUAUCAUGGCGUUUACUACCUGAUGCCGUUUAUAGUCAGCAGCCACCUCCACCUUGCUUAGUAUACGGAGCCAUUCACUUUGCAAGGCUCUUUGUACAGUUACCUCUGCUCUUUACCAGAUCCUCUAUUCCGGACGCGAAAAUUAAGGUGAUUUUGCCGCAUGUUGACGCCAUUAUUGAUUUUCUAAACGAUCACAAGGAAUGGUAUGGAGAGAAAUUUUAUGUGGAUUCUAAUCAAUAAGCGCCAGAGUUAGUUAUAGUGUGAAAACAUGACUAGUGUGCACAUUUUGUAUAUUGUACAAAUACCGACGGAUUACUAGAUUAGAGGUAAAAAAGACUGUUAAGUUACGAUUAGAGUAGGAUUCACUGUCUGAUAUGCUUCGAGAUUUGCAAUUAAACAAUUUAUUUUUGUC